CGCGAGCGUGUUAGUGCACGCAGCAGGCCGAUGUCGUCAAGAUGGCAGGCGCUCGGGACUGACCCCUCUUGCAGUAUGGAUUUUGCCGCGUGAUUCGUGGUCAUCGUCGGCGCCGCAGAUUCCCCGUCCGUGUCCCUUCCCGUGAGCGGAAAAAAAACAAGGCGAGGAGACGGCAGGUCUGUGCGCCGCGGUGCACAAAAGUGGGCCGACCGCGUCCAAAUGGUGUCGCGCCGCGGGAUCUCGGCUGCACGGGACGAUCGGACGCGGUAAUGAGAAAAACAUCACGGCGCGGCGCGAUAACGGAGCGAAUCAUCUACAAUGGUGGAUAACAGUUGCAUUAUCGAGGGAAACGUCAAAUUUCGCGACGGCAAGAAGUGGAAGUCAAGAUGGUGCGUUAUGCGGAAAUUAUCACCAGUAGCAGACUGCUUGCACCUUCAACUUUACGGGGAUAGUAAGGAUCGUUACAAGCAGGGCCAGACAAAAGCAUCCCUGAGCUUGCAACAUUUUCUCGGGGUGGAGAGCGGUUUCACUCUCGACAAAGAAUCCAAUACGAUCGCGAUUAUUUGCCAAGACGUGACGGUCGUUCUCGCAUUCGACACGCGGGAGCGAUUGAUACAGUGGCAAGUUAAGAUCUCGAACAACUUGGGCGAAGAUCAGCAAUUCUUGAUACUCAUCUCCUCGGUGCCGUCGAAGGCCAAGUUCACCAAUGGACCGGCGCAUUUACACAUUCAAGACCGUCGCUUCUGCAUCACCGUCGGCAUACCGCCUCGGCUGGUCGGUAUCUGGGAGAUCGCGCAUUUGCGACGGUACGGUGUGGUCGAGGGCAGAUUCUGCUUCGAGGGUGGCUCCAGGUGCGGUCGAGGAGAAGGUUUACACGUUCUGAUAACGGAUCAAGGGGAGGACAUCGUAAAGACGCUUCAGUUGGCGGCCGAAGGGAAGCUCACGACGAAAAAGCGACCACUCGGUCGAGAGCAAUCGAUGCAAGACAGCCCCCGACGUCAAUGUUCUCGCUCAGAGACCAGAGCCAGCGACUUCUUCCCUUCGGCUCCCGCAUACUCGUCUACGUACGAGGAGCACUGCGACAGCUGCAAGAACGAGAGCUCGCCGUAUUGGUCGUCCACGGAGAGCAGACAGCAGACUGAGCUUGACGGCGAUUACAGUUGCAGAGAUACCGUAUCCGUCUCCAGCGAGUUACCCGAUCAACCUGGCGAUCAAUGGCGCAGCUGUUCGCUCACUCGUCAAGGUGCGGCUGGCCUCGAGAGAUGCGCCAGUUGCAUCAGCAAGCUUGGCACAGUUUCCAAGUCGUCGACGUUGAUUACCACAGCCACCGUGAGCGGCAUAAGCAGUCCUGCAGGCACAUUAAAUAAUCUCGGGUGCCACUUGCAACCGCGUACUUUCGACCGGCUCUCGCUGUCCUCCUACAGUAGCAGCAGCCAUGACAGCGACUACUCUGGCUCACAGCAGAUCGAAUGUCACUGCACGCAGUCUAAAACCGCCCAGUCUCAACAGGCGCAAACCGCUCACCGUAUGUCACCAAGUCCGAGCGCGUUGCCACCGAGACCGCCAAAACCGUCCCAACAACCGUCGUCACUGCCAGCCACCCAGUCCGUCACUGCCAAAAAGCCUAAGAAACCGCCGAUGCCAUUGCCACCUGUCGAGCAGACCUGUGUACACACGGGUCGGAAACAACAGCAGCAACAGCAGCAGCAGCCUCAACAAACUCAACAGCAACAAACUCAACAAGCUGUACCUCGCGGGGGUGGAAUUGGUGGUGGUGGUGCUGCUGCUUCUGCUGCGGGACCCUACGAGAAUUACGAUAUACCGAAGACAAUUCUGGGACACCAUAUGUUGUUGGAGCAAGGUCCCCAACCGGAACAGUAUUACGACACGCCGAGGAAGAUAAAGGAAUGUCUCACAUUGCCAAAAACUUAUCCCAAUUACGAUACGCCUCAGGUACCGCAGGCGGUAAUGCUGCAAGGCUGCGGAUGUCCUGCGAAACUCACCGUACAGUCGCCCAGAUCUUCGGGGUGUCCUUGUCACAACGUUAUGAGUUGGGCCGGUUUCGUCCUGCCUUACUGCCGACGCGGAGCUGGAAUCGAGCCCACCGGGGUUACAGUUCAUCCCGUGAAGCUCUCAGGUGAGGGUAAGAUGCCGGUGGUGAAUGCCAGCGGUGAAAUUGCCAUUUACGCGACUGCCAAAAGAGCGAACAAGAGCGAGUCGAGCGAUACCGAGAAAACCACAGAUGACUGCGGUUGUGCCGCGGCAAGUAAGUCGAACAAUUAUGAGAACAUCGAGCCGGUGAUAGAUACGCAGCCAGAGGCGAAGCGAGCGAAUUACGUGAACAUCGACUUCACGCAAUCGCUGGAACAUUACGAAAACAGCAAGGACGUGCUGACGAAGAGCAGUAUCUCGCAGGAGGAGAUCGAGAAGUUCGCGGAUCAGUUGAAGGAACCUACGACAGCUGAGGCGCCGAGUGAGGACACCUCGAAAGUUUGUCAGAAGUGCGGUCACACGAAGGAAAGAGAGAAUGAUUACUUGGUCAUGGACCCAGACAAACAAACCCCGAAAAAACCGUUUCCCGGUUAUCUACCGAUGCAGCCGGCUCACAAUGCCUGCUCCAAGGAGAUCCUGUCCAGGAUCUGCAACGGCAUCAAGAGUUCCAGCAAUCCGACGCUGUCGGGCUCUGCGUUGCUCGAAGGCAGCAAGAAAAGGUCAGACUCGGAGUAUCGUGUGCCAGGAUCGGCGAUGUUGUCCAGUCCCUACCUCAGGCGUCGUUACCUGGACACAGGUAAUACCGCGGAGUCCGGCGGUAGCUUAGGUAUACUGCUGAGGAAGCGAUCUUACUCGGCAGAGUCCGCGCAUUACCUGGACGACGAGAGUCACAGCUUUCCGUCCACGCUUACCAUCCACAAGUGUUCGAGCGAAGCGGACAAGAAUACUCUGAUAAGCGGCGAGUCGCACAGCUCGUGUGUAAACGCCGACAGCAAAAUCGCGCACGAGAACGCGCAGGUGUUGGCGACUGCGACUCAGCCGUCGUUCAUCAAGAUCCGACGCUCUUCUUCCGUGCCAUCCAAGACCGGUCACAACAGAGACUCGUCGAGUAGCAACGAUUCUGGUGUCUCCACUGGCUCUCUCAGCCACCGUACGGCGGAGUUCGUGGAGUUCGAGCUGUCGUUGACACCUGCCGCCACGGCGAUCAAGCAGAACAUGCUGUCGGUCUGUCGCAAGAGUCCACCGCCCACGUGCUACCACAGCAGCCUGCCGAGGAAGUCCAAGUCCAGCGAUCCUCUGCGGGAGCUUAGUUUUCAGUUCCAAAAGAUCAAGAUACCGACGAAAUCCUCGUCCGCGGAGGCCGACAUACCCACGUGUCUGCCGAAAGCCACCAAGGGCUUCAACAGCCCCGGCGAAGUUUCGAACACGCCCUAUAUCGACUCCCGGAGCACCAGCAGUGGCACUUCCGACAUGUCCGAUUACAUCGAAACUUUGUCAUUGUCGUCUCACUCUUCGUCCGAUACGCCCGACAGCCUCAGAUUAGGAGGUAGAGCCGUAACAACGACCCUUCGGCCUCGUAGCGGGAAGGAAUACUAUAAGAUCGAUCGUAGUAUCUUAGUGGAACAGGGUCGAAUUCUCACUACAGCGUCCGCUAAUUAUGCGAACAUCACUCCGGUGUUGGAAAAGAGCGAGUCACCGUCACCGGGCUACAUGAGCAGCUCACCCUUCGAGCAACCGCAACCUACUCGUGAGCACUUUCUAUUCCCUGAAGAAGCUUGAAUGUAAUGAUGUUGUUUGGGAAAAGAGCUGAAAACUUGAAGUUCCUAGGAAUUCCAAACAAAACGAAUAAGAGUAUUCACGGUAGAAAUUAUAAUUGGGGCAUUGUGACUAUUUACACUAUACGCGGAUAUCUGGGGUUACAGGCGUAUUUUUCGAGGUAUCUAUCAUUCGCCGCACACCAAUAUCGUAGUUAUAGCUUGCCAAAUCAAUCACCGAAUUGAAUAAUCAAAAAUUUAUAAUUCUAAGAAACACGAAAGAGCUCCUCAACCAAAUUCGGAUGUCUGUUUCGCCGGUGUUUUCGUAAAGUCUUCCUCUAGAGAGCACAAUCAUAAUCAAAAGAAGUGUAAAAAGAAAAUGUCAUUCUACAAAAAUCUUCUAGGUACUAGCGUAUAGUUGAAAUAACGUCAGUAAUCAAACACUUCCUACAACGACACAAACAAUUUCUAAAAUAUGCUCAAUAAGAAACUAAUAGUUUGUAUAGUAAGAAUCCUGCCCUAGAGUAAAAAGAUAUGUGCAUCGUAUACUUUAUAUGAGUAUAUCGUUUUUUAAAUACUUUCAUUAUUUUGUAUGAGUAUACUUCUAUAUAGACUAUUGUACAGUCAUCUCUUUGAAAAAGAUUUAAAGAAAUUAUGAACUCUUAGAAUUUUUCAAAUCGAGGCUCUUGAAUCUUCGUGUGAAUGGAUGAAUGUAACAUCAUAGCGUAAUGCAAUUGUUUGAAAUAUCAGAUCAUAUCCCCUCGUAGAUUCUGGAAACAUAUUGAAUUGGAAGCGUAUUAAACAAGAAUAGAACGCAACGCGAUAUAUUUGCAAGACAUCGAAUACAUCAUAACUAUACAGUGCACGAUUACUUGAGUCACGAAGUUUCCAGAACUCGUUUUUUGAAAAAAAAAAUUGAAAAUUGUUUGCUUGUGCCGAUUAAUAAAAUAUUAUCUAUCCACACACACAUUCUGUACAACCAAAAAAUGCACUGAGCAUAGUCAGUCGCAUAGUAUUCACAGGGUUUUCAUACUUACAAGUUACUUUUUAAAGAUUAAGAUAAAAAUAUUACAGCCUUCUAAUCUUACCGAUGGUCUUCUUUCUAAUGAGACAUACAUGGUAAACGCCAUAGUCUCUGGGCAAUCAAAGACGGCGCUAUAUAUAGAUUAUAAACGAGUAUUUCUAAGUAAGAUUUACGAAACGUGUGAAAGGUCUAGUUAUCUUAUAAUUUCAAUAUUCUCCAACGAACAUCUCCGUCUUUUAUUACGGCAUAGUUUCUAAAUAGUUCUAAAUAGUUUAUCUCGUAUGUGUGUGUCUCUUGUAUCUCAGUUACUUUUCACUGUGAUACUCUUGAUAUCACAAAAUUAAAUAAUUUAACGUAAACGUAACUGUUCUAUUUACUGCUAUUUAUACGAUCAUUUCCAUUUUAUCGUUGCAUCGUACUUAAAAUAGUUCAGACGUUAUUUAAUUGUGAUUAUAAAUUAAUACGUGCUGUAUACAUAUAUUUCUAUAAGGUUUACCAAAAAUAUUUAUUUCUAUUUGCAUAGUACGUGUUUUUUCUUAUUUUUUCAAUUUAAUGCAUUAGGUACAAAUAUAUAGAUGAGCUGUCAAAUUAAAUAAUAUAUUUACAACGAUUAUUUUUUAAGUUUAAGCUAUAUUAUAUACUAUUUUUAAUAUAUCUUUUUUAAGAAAAGAUAAGUGUGUAUACAUAUAGGCAUAUGUAUGACUUCGUACUUUUUCCAUUAUCUUUCUUUGAAAUUCACUCUUCUCUCUUCGCAAGGGAAGAGCACAGAUUUACGAGUAAUACAUUCGUAUAGUAUUGCACAUACGUGGGUAUAUCAUGCUGAAGAAGCUAGCAUAAUAGUGAUAUUAAACGCAAUAAUAAAAGAAACUUAGAGUUAUACAUUAUAAGGUCGAUCUAGAUUGAAUUUCGUACUGAGAAUAUAAUUAAUAUACAGAACAUUCUGUUUUAUAUUCAUUAUGCUACUUGGCAAAUAAUCAAAUUUAAUAUUUAUAAUCGAAAUCAUGGAUAUACAGAGAUCGUUGCUAUCGUUAACCGAUGAAAAAUUUGUAAACAUUGAAAUUGCGGGACAAUACGUAUUGUAAGAUGCGUUAAAAUUGCACAUCCAGCAGGAGUAACUUCGUGUGGUAACUACAAGAGGAUCUUUGCAAUUCUAUGAUGUGUAAAGUUGUCCUGCUACCGUACCCCAUCUUACGUUCCCAUAUCUUAUCCCAUCUUACGUUGCAUCAUUCCUUAACUAACAUAUGGAAUUGUUUCCAUUAAGCCAAACCUCAACACAUCACUUUGCAUAAGAAUGAUUUUCUUAAUUCUGCAACUUUGUCCGUUUGUGUUCUCUAGUGUAUAAUACACACUGUUACAACAACAUCACCCAUACACAGACUUAUCGCAAUACGCAUUGAUAAUGUAGAUCGAAGAGCGUGCGUGCGCGCGCGCGCGCGUGCAUGCAUAUACAGUGUUCUUUCACAAUAUGUAUAGAUGCGUGCAACUGAUUUUAUAUGAAUUAUAGAAGUAUUAAAGUAGUAUUAUUACAAGACUGAGAAAUAGUUGAUGUACUAACGAGUGGUAGAGAAUAUCUACAGCGCUAGAGAAUGUAUAAUUUAUAUGUACAGACUCUGUGCAAGCUAAGCCGAGCGCGCAACUUGAGAACGAUCAUUUGCAAAACUUUCAAACUUUCACACUUCUCUGUCCGAUAGGCAUUCCCGAGUCUAAAGAAAAGAGAUACUUAAGUCACAAGGCCAAAUCGUGCGAACGAAGAAUAUUCUUUUGAUCCUGCUUAAAGUGUGUAAAAAGGGGAAAAAACAUACAAUAGCUUAGCUACAUCAGAUAGUAGACAGUCUUACGUAGGAGCCUUAACAAACUACUGUACACAAACGAUUUAUAAAAAGUGAUACGAGAACGUAUUGAAGUUCGCGACAGACUUCACGUAUACAUCGCGUAUUAUAUAUUUUACGCAGAUAUGAAGAUACACGAAACGAUUGAAUUUAUAUUUCUCUCUGGGUCUCUUUUUAUCGCCCUAAAGGAGAUUCCAUAGAUUGUUAUAUCUUCGAAUGAAAAAAAAAAAAUGUAUUCGUAAGAUCGAGCCGUCACUAUACCCCAUGAUCUUCGCGCAUGCUCCUGUGCAAGCGACAUAUACGCAUACGCGAUAACGAAGGCGAGGAUUUGCGUGCGAUUAAUGAGUUUGAAUGGAACAUACGUUGAAACGCGAAAUUUUCUCGUGCGAUUGUGCGACAAUUAAGCUGCACGAGUGAUUUUCUGUUUACUCGUUUUUUCUACGAAUUUUUCUAUAUCAAUCUAUUCUUACACAUGUGUACGAUAUAUUUUUUAUUUACAUUAUUGUCUUGACCAACGGAAAAAGUUCUUUCAUUUGAGAUAUCGUGCGCGUGUGAAGUAGAAAGUCACUCGUAUAAACACAUACUAGUCAAGAAUCAAGUACUAUAUAUACAUAUAUACGUAUACAUAUAUGUAUAUAUAUAUAUACAUACACAUAUAUUGUAGCCGUAAUAUAUUUUUACUGCGAGAGAACUAUUGUGCAUAGCCUAAAAAUUGAGCACAUGCCCGACUGUUUUAUUUUACUUCGAAACUAUCUCCUAGUUCGGUAGAAUUAUGGACCAAUUAUUAAGGGAUUUAAUCAUAUUUUAAUUUUAUACGAGACUUAUCAGAAUUGUAAGAGUUUGAUUGCUAUACUUUAAUCGUUUUUGUAACUUGAGUCUUACUUCCCACGAAAUUACUCUGAAGAAAUACGUAAAUUAAAUAUACUUGUAAAGUAUGUUGAAAAAAAAAGAAGUGAACAAAUGAAAGACACAUGUGCUAGCUUUUAAGCUACCGAAAACCAUAUCUAAGAAUUUAUUAAUGAUAUAUUGGUUAACUGAAUACAUAUAUUAAUUAGGAGUAAGUUUCAAAGGGUAUUACCAGUGCUCUAUUCAUAAUCGAUGUACAUAGUUGGUGUAGCUUUAGUAUAUUAAAUUUUUUAUUUUGUGAUUCGAGAACGACGUUGUUGCGGUGGAAGCGAAUUUCAAUUGUACAUAAACACAUAAUUACGAUGAAUGCGCUCAAAAAAGAAAAUGCGCCUCCGAACGAUUUUAUAUUAAAAUUUGUAGCGAUUUAGUUACUCUAUGAGUACAUUUUACAAUGUAUUGAAAUACGCGUUAAUAUCCAAUUAGAAUCAGAAGUUAUGCGAUAUUGAUAAUAUAGACUUCGUACAUUCGUAUAUUACCUUAUUCCAUUAUUUAACAAUUGUGUCAAAACCGUUUCAUUACGCUUAUUGCGGUAUACAAAUACAAAAAGUUAAGACUGGCAACUCUUUAUUCCUCGGGCUAUUGGAUACAGAGAAAAUGAUUUUGAAAUUCAGAACCGCAACUGAAAUCACGUUUCAAGUUCAUUCGCGGCUUUUUAUGCCCGGGAAUCAUGUUAUUUCUACAAAUCAGUUAUUUUUACUGAUUCUAUUUAACGUGUGCAGUAAUGAAUACUUACAAUUAAAAAAGUGAGAAUUCUACUAGAUGAUAGAAAUCCACGGGUCCGAGAAAUAAAACGAACGAAGUCUGUUUCCUUUGACAAUCCGUUCUAGAAUGAAAUUCUCACAUUUUAAUAAUACGUGAAGGAGUUGUAAAAGUGCUGAGUGCUUUCGCACUGCGCUGACCACCUGUAUGUCAGUUUUACGAAGGAGAAAAAAUGAUAUUUAUAGAAAUUUUACAUAAGUUAUUAUUAAGAAAGAAAGGGAGAAAAAUCGUCCGUCUCAAACUAAUUUUUCCCUCUCUACAUAUAGAAUAUCGAGGAAAAUGUAUAUUUGACGGCGAAACUUUAUUUUCAGAAUAAUUUACCGAUAAUCUUUUAACACCUCUGCAAGUUUUUUUUUUUCUUUUUAAUUUCCGUGUGAAGCUUGCAAUAUUGAGUUUUCUGACAAUAGAAAUUAACAAUAGAAUUUAUCUUUUUAUAUAUCGUCUUAGAAUUAUCUUUUGUCAAUACACCAUGCAUAUCUUUGAAAACUAUAAUUUAUAUUCAUUAGCAAAUUGAAGCUAAAAAAUUGAUCUCAAUUUCUUUAUAAUUAAUUACUGUUUGUAUAAAUCUUUUAAUAUAUAUAGCCAGAGGAAGAUUCACGGUAUAAAAUAUUUGUAGGACAGGCACAGUAUUCUAAAAUGUGCUUUCAGGUGACAGGUGAAACUCUGUUAUCAAAAGAUUAAAAAAUAUAUAAAAACCUUCUUUAUUUUCUGAAAUUAAUGUAAUAAAAUUGUCACUAGGCCACAUCUCGCAAGAUCGUAAGAGGAGUGAAAUUUAAUGAUAAGUAACAACUAAUAGAGCUUAUAUAACAGAUUCUAGAACGCAUUUCAUGAAAAAAAAGUAAAAUAAAAUUAUUUACCCUAAAUUUUUGUAAUAUCAUGAUAAGACGACAAGCGAAGAUGGAGGAAAUUGAUUAAAUUAUUAUAGUGCGCUACAAGUAAAUUAUAACUCGUACACAAUUCGUAGUAGCUAAAAUCAUUGAUUUACUAAGAAAGUAGAGGAAAUAAAGAAUUGGAAAAAUAA